AUGGAAGGGUUGAUUCCAUUGGUGUACAAGUCCCUGAAGAAGAGCCAGACUCGCCGGAAAUACGAAUGCCUCUCUUCCGGCGCAGCAGCACAGCCAUACAACAUCGCCGACUUCUACAUGAAGGACGACAGCCUUGAUCGAGAAUUCAUCGGCAGGAGAGGGUCCGUCGCCGGUCCCCAUGACACGCAGUCGGGCCACCACCGGCGCUGCAGCUCGGUGGUGAUCGAAGGUGGCCGUGGUUUUGCGUCGGAUGGCAGUGCUCAUCCUCCCCCUAAGAAGCAAAUUGUGAGGUUUAGGAGCCACAGGAUGCUGUCAUGCAUAACUGGUGCAUGA